AUGCGGCCUCCUUCCUUUUCUGGUGCCGAGGGACCUUUAGCAGCGGAGGAGUUUCUCAAUGUCACUGAGACUAUUCUCACGCUCACUGAUACCUCUCGGAUAUGGUGGGCAGCUGAGAAGACUCAUCUGGAGAGGCCCAUUCUGUGGGAGACGUUCACCGAGCGCUUCAACAGGAAAUAUUUUCCUCUGUCAGCUCGGGAUGAACUCCUACGUAGAUUUGUUGAGCUUAAGCAAGGAGGGCGAACAGUUGAUGAGUACGAGGCCGAGUUUUCUUCUUUGAGCCGAUAUGCUCCCCACUUGGUUACAGACCCUAUGAUUAGGAGGCAUCAGUUUCAGAAGGGUCUGGACAAGUACAUUAGGAUGGCUCUGGUAGGUAGAGCUUUGGCGACCCAUGAUGCGGUACUGGAUGCAGUACGUGAGAUUGAGAGCGUACAUAAGGAACCUAAAGACUCUCACGUGAUUCAGAGUAGGACACCAGCAGCUCCGGCCCGGAAUGUCGAGCGUCCCCCUCCGAGACAUCAGCAGCAGGCUCCGCAGAGGUCCGCGAGGCAGCAGCAGGCCUGCAAAGGCAAGGCAGGGCAAGCUCUGUAG